AUGGCGGCAAGUGCUACUAAUUCGAUGUCAGCGCUAGCGUCGGAGCUCAGAAUGUUGCAGCCUAGUACCGGCAGCACCUCUAUGCCCAUCGCGAGGGUGAACGCAAGGAACAUCCAGUCAGCCAAACCGAACCGGAGCACUCACUCGCCCUCAGUACAUCACGUGCGGCAGAUGGCAAAAAUUGCAACAGCAGCAAAGUCAGGGGGGCUUACAUCGUCAACAAGUCACGCAGCGCUUGCGAUCUGCACUCGACCAGGACCAUUAGCGCCGAUUGUACGCCCUCAGUCUGCAGGUGCCUUCAAGGCUCGAAAAGUGGAGCCUACACGCUUCAGAUAUUUCUACAAUCGCGGCGAUCUUCCUGUUCGGGUUAAUUUCGCUGGAGCCGUGCGGAAGCUUCAGUGGCAGGUCGAUCUGUCCCUGCUCGACUUCUCGCACUACCUACCAGUGUUUAUGGAGGGGCUACGAGAGUUAGAGGAGCCGUAUCACUUCUUGGCGCUCAACGGCACUUUGGAUAUGUUGGAGAAGGGCGGAAGUCGAGUGCUGCCAUGUUUGCCGCAGUUGAUCCCACCGAUGAAGGCAAACCUCAUGACACGUAACCAGACAGUGCUCUGUCUUCAGAUGAAGGUGUUGCAGCGACUUGUGUUGAGCUGUCCGUACACCGGUGAAGCGCUUGUGCCGUACUAUCGACAGCUUCUGUCGAUCUUCAAUCUCUUCAUCACCAAGCGAGUGAACUGCGGUGACUCGAUCGACUAUGCUCAACGACGACAAGAGAACUUGGGCGACCUCAUCCUCGAAACUCUCAACAUCCUCGAGAAACACGGCGGUGUAGACGCCUUCGUCAACAUCAAAUACAUGAUCCCGACGUACGAGAGCUGCAUGAACCGAAGAUAA